GUGAUAAAUAACAAGACCGAAUGCGGUAUGCCUCUGGGUAUUCAAAACGGCAGAAUUACCGACGCGGCCAUCACAGCCUCCUCGUUCCAGGACACCGCUCAUCGCGCGCGGCUACAUACAGUCGGAGAACAUGGAAAACCUGGCGCUUGGGUUGCAGGAGUUGCCGAUUUAAGCCAGUGGCUUCAGAUUGACUUUGGUAGUGUUGCUAUGGUAACACACAUAGCAACACAGGGCAGAUUCGAGGCGGAGUAUGGGUUGAGGUUGCAAACACAGCACUGGGUGACAAGUUUUAAGGUGUCCUUCAGCCAGUUGGGAAGAGCUUACCAGUGGUAUAAAGUUAACGGUUCGAUCAUGGAAUUCCCUGGUAACAGUGAUUCUUUUCGCGUUGUACAUAAUGACGUGAAUCCACCAAUCAUAGGGUGGUACGUCAGACUCCACCCGGUCAAGUGGCACAUUCACCCCGCCAUGCGCGUGGAGAUGUAUGGCUGCCUAUCAGUUCCCAAAGGAAUCAGGGCAAUAGAAAAUCUUGGCUGCUUUAAAAGCAAAGGCCCAAACACCACCCUCCCCUCCCUUGAAAACAUCGACCCUGCCCUUCAGUGGAUUUACCAACAGCGAGCUGGCGCCAUUUUGAGCUGCGCAGACGCUGCGUUCCGUCGCGGUUACGAAGUCUUUGGAAUCCAAAAUGGCGGCAAGUGUGUGGCGGGAGGCAUGUCUGACUAUGGCGGGAAUGGUGGCUCUCUUGAGUGUGUCGAUAAUGGGCGCGGUGCUAAUGGUGCUAACGAAGUGUAUAGAAUCGACAGGGAGUGUGCUUGGGGUCACGAGCUGUGCACGUGGACAUCGAAGGGCGGUAACAGCACUUGGGUGUUUGCUAAUGUGACGGAUAUGAGCGACGCUCCAAAAGGGGGCGACGAUAAUGGCGUAGAAACAGUAAUUUUAUCCAGCCAAAAACAGUUCCAUACCCAACUGCCAAUCAACAUGGCUACAGCGAUCACUUUGUGUUACUGGGUCAUGUGUAACACUUCGCGUCUUGAGGUUGCCAUGGAAACACAUGACGGCAAUACUGUGAUAGGCUUUACCCAGAGACACUGCGCACUUCAGCUCAAAGUUCUUGGAAAUACGAUCUCCUACGAUAACUGUGUUUGCAAUAAAAUAUGGCGUCACGUGUGUGUCACGUGGAAGUCACAUGCCGGAGUCUGGGAGAUUUAUCUUGAUGGGCAGGUCAUCGGUUUUGGUCGCUGGCUCAGUGCACGCUUAACAUUACCAGACACAACGCACUUCUCCAUAUUCCAUGAUGCAUUCAACUCGUCCUCGCCCACGAAACUGACCGGCCUGUCCGCAUGGGGUCACGUGAUCGUACCUGAAGAAAUAAUGCGUAUGUCCUAUGGGUGUGGUGACGUCAAGGGAGACAUUAUGAACUGGGGGAGUCUCUUUAAGCUUAUGAGAGGAUCGUAUCGGACAGAGAGACAAGCUGAUUGUAGGAUCGCAAAAGGUAUAAACACAGGCUUCCCACCCGCGUCAAUGAAGGAUUUCAAAAGCAUACAAAUUCACGCAAAUAAAAAUCUAUGA